UAGAAUGUCUCCCAUGCGAAGGUUUAACCGACACGGUAGCGGCUAAAUCAGGAAAGGUUCAGGGUCUGCGUAAGUAGUUUACGAGAGGACGGCCGUAAGGUCAAGCCGACAUUGACGACGACAUUUGAGAAUUGAACAUCCCUUGUUUUUGGCAGAACUCGUCAGUUCUGCCCACAACACUAUUCCCACGACUCGCGCUCAAAUCCAUUGAAAUUAAUUUUUUAUCAAUUAGCAUCUCCGCGAUCGUCAAGAGUCUCAGUAGCAGUCAUCUCCAGUUGACACAAAAGCUCCGAGUUCUGCCAACAAUACUACCAGCGCAUAGGUCAUAUAUUAGGUCGCGGUUCAUGAUGAAUAUCGAAUUAUCUUCCCUCAAACACUGCACUGUACAAUUUACUGAGUGACACAAGAAGUGAUGUCCAAGGAACUUACUACUCAUUCAUCAUUCUCUCAAGAUCACAUUGACCUGGACUCGGAGAAGGCUAAGCCCCAUGAUUUGCAGCGCAGUCUUUGGCGCUCCAUCUUUAUCAUUGCGACCUGCACCGCUACCAUGUUGGUCAAUACCGUUAAUACUAGUGCUGUCUCUGUCUCGCUCCCAACUAUUCAAAAGGACCUCAAUAUCAGCGAAGAACAGCUGCAGUGGCUCAUAUCUGCCUAUGCCCUUAGUUCCGGGUGCUUUCUCCUGUUCUUCGGGAGAUUAGCCGAUAUAUAUGGUUGCAAGAAGGCGUUCAUGAUCGGCACUCUCUGUCAAGUCGCAUUUUCGCUUGGUUGUGGCUUUGCACAGAAUGGUAUUACCCUCGUCAUUUUGCGUGCCUUCCAAGGUAUUGGAGCUGCCGCUACAAUACCGUCUGUACUCGGUAUCCUGGCGCACGCAUUCCCUCCGUCUAAAAUGCGUUCAAUAGCUUUUGCAACAUUUGCGGCGGGUGCUCCGAUCGGCGGCGCAUUUGGCAUGGUCGCCGGCGGUAUCCUCGUACAAGAUUCCUCGGCACGCUGGCGUUCGCCAUUCUAUCUGGUUGCUGGAAUGACUGCCCUAACGGGUAUCUCCGGCUUGAUUUCAUUCGAUGCAGAUGUUACUUCGAUCGAAGCUGUCGACUGGAUCGGUGCUUCCGUCGUUACGGUUGGUUUGGUCCUGAUUGUAUUUGUACUUGGUCAAGGAGAGGUUGCUUCUCAAGGCUGGAACACUCCAUACAUUGUUGCCCUUUCUGUCGUCGGGAUUAUCAUGGUUUUGUUGUUCCUUGUUUGGGAGCGAUACUUGGAGCAAGCUACAGCUGAUCCAUCAAGAGCACUGUCCGCAUGGACGCCACCGCCAUUGAUGAGUGUCUCGCUUUGGACGCGAGGAAACGGCCGUAUGGCUGGUAUUCUCGCUACGACAUUUUUUAAUAGCUGUGCUUUCAUAAGCUGGACCUUCUGGGCUCAGUUGUUUUAUCAGGACUACCUGUUACUCACACCUAUGCAGACUAUGCUCCGGUUCCUCCCGAUGUUCGUCGUCGGCUGUUUGUGUAAUCUCUUGGUUGCAAUGUUUGUUAGCAAAUUGCCUUUGGUCAUCUUUGCAGUCAGCGGAACGCUACUGACAGCAUCGGCCGCCGUUCUAUUUGCGCUGAUCGACCCGGCUGCAACGUAUUGGGCGUUCGGCUUCCCGUCUGCAAUUCUUGUCGUGUUCGGAGCUGAUUUUGUGUACACUGCCGGUACGAUUUUCGUCGCCAAAAUUGCGCUCCCACACGAGCGCAGCGUGGCUGGAGCUCUGUUUCAGACCAUGGUACAGCUUGGCUUUGCAGUGGGACUUGCUGUAUCUACGCUUGUAUUCAACAUCGUGGUGAAAAACGAGUCUGCUCACCUUGGCGUGACUGUCAACUCUGCUGGCACCAACGCGCCUCCUUCCGCACAGCUCAAGGGAUAUAGAGCUGCCCAAUGGACCUGUGCUUCGUUCGCCCUUAUGGCUGCGCUGCUGGCAGCGCUUUCUCUUUACGGCGUUGGGAUUAUUGGAGAAGACAAGAAAACUCUCAAGCAUGUCGACAGUGACCAGACAAUUGCGGAACGGUUCGAAGCCGAGGCCAAAUAGAUACAUCCAUUCAUUUAAACCAUCCACCAACGACACAUGGCGUCAUCCUACCAUCGUCCCAUUCCUCACUCGAUCAUAUACUCGUUCCCAAAUCAAACUACAAUUCAAGGUUGGGCUAAUUCUCUUCUACGAGCAAUGCUCUAUACUACCCUCGUUUCUAGCAUUACAUUUUUCUGUCCUUACAUGUAGAGCGUCCAUACUUAUCUUGCACGGUAUAUGAUUACAAGUAGCGUGGCUUUCUAGCGGUUAUUCAUUUAUCCAACGUGCAGUGACUGUAUCCAGAUUCUUUUUCCCCUACCCUUGGCAUGUACUUCGUGACAAGGCAUCAACGUACAAGUGUCUCUAUAUCAUCAUCGUACAGCUGAAUUGAAUCCAGUGUUUUUAA